AAUUUAUAAAAAUUUUUAAAAUUAAAAAAAAAAGUAAAUUACAUUAACUUUUCUAUGUGAUUGUUGAUUCAGUGCUAAAACCAACCCUGAAAUUUUAUUUCAAACUAUGCUAUCUACAGUCAAAGGAAACAAGGAAAACUCUGUUACAAAGUUUAAACGCAACUAUCGUCAUACAUUAUCAUCAUCUUGGAAUAAUUCGUUUUUGAGUUAUAAUAUCAAGAAACUUCGAAGCGAUGACAAUUUUAUUUGCCAAUUAUCGUCUGCCUAUUCUUCCGCCGCGCAUUCGCUCUUCGAUUUGACAACCAAUCCUUACCUAACCCUGUUUUAUUAUUACUAUUAUUACGAAAAGUUACUUUUGUCAUCUAAUAAUCAUAGAACCCCGUCAUCAUAUCCCGAUUCUUCGGAUAUUCCAUUUUUGUCCAUUCCCCAACAUCAACGCAUGAACGAAGAUAUGUUAGUGUCCUCCUACACGAGCAAUAAACACCAACAACCGGCGCACCAGAGAAACAAUAACGUAAACCAUACAGAGCCAACGGACCUUUCCAGUUACGACAAUAAUGAUGAUAGGAGCGAAUACCAAAACGCCCAAACAAACCACAAGCUUUACAGUUCUCAAAAUAGCAUACCCAAUUGCAUGGACGAACAAUUAUAUGCCCAAUAUAGCUCUAACUAUGACGAACAACGAAUAAAACCUUCUCACCACCAGUUUCCUAUACGUCCUAAUCAAGUCAACGUCAUUCGGGAGAAUAACAACGAUAACUUUAUUCAGACCAUGGUCCAAGAUUUUCGUUCAAAUCAGCAAGAAUCCCGAAACUUAGAAGAAGAAAAUAAUCAUAUGGAAAACACAGCGAAAAAAGAAAUGUCGGAAGAUAGUCAAGGGCUGGGCCUCAGAAAUUUGGCCAGGGUAGCUUCUACUUAUCAUCAACAACAAAUGACAACACUGAUACAGCAAUCGCAAAAUAAUGACGGGAAAGGCAUGGAGGAGCCACUCCAUGUUGUCUUACCUUCCGGUGUCCCAUUUAUCAAUCAAACUCAGGAUAUUACUUUGAGUAGAGGGGACAAAAAAGAUUUGGAUGGAAAUAAGAUUGGGGCCUUGCAAAAUAAUAAUAGCCGGGUAGAAGAGCAAAUGGAAAAACAUUCCUUCGAAAUACUUACUUUGACUCCCAACAGCCUUAAUUCGAAUAAAAACCUAACCCCAACCUCCAUUUCGAUCAAUAACAAUCCCACGAAUGACGCCUCGUCUCACCCCAUCAAUGUUAAUUUGCCGAGUUUUAGUUCAUCCUUUAUGGUCAACAAUAAUGGCACGAAUGCUGACACUGCUAUAAGUGCCGCCAAUAGUAAUAAGGAAGUCAAAUGUGACAAUAAAAAUAAUCCCGUGCUACCACCACAAAGUGACCUGGGGACUGAUUCUGCGACAUCUGCUCACAAAUUAUUGCCCGACCUUAACUUCUUAGAAUCUCUCAAAAACUUAACGAAUUUAAGUAAUGUGUCAAGCAGCACUAGCCUCGUAGACAAUAACAAGAACUCCACCUCUAAUAGUCAAAACAAAUCCGUCUCUCACACGCCUAUACCAACUCCCUUAAAUGGCAUGGUAUCAGAGAACGAAAUUCAAUCCAUCAUAAAUGCCAAUAUAAAUCUUCUAGGCACAUGGCAAAAGCAACUUCAGGCCAUGUCCUCCUUUUAUUCCAAAGGAUUUUUAGGCGGAAACGCACCAAUGGGUAGCCUAGAAAAUGGUGUUAAUUCUAACAACCUGAAUUAUAACAAUAAUAAUAACUCCUCCAAUGAAAAUACGACUCAUAACUUUUCUAAUAACAACUCAAAUAACCUCCUUAACAGCCUGGCUCCUCUUUUGGGCACGAUGAACGAGUCCACUGGCCACAUUAACCUGAGCAAUCUGGCAAAUCUGACAAACUUUAACUGUUUAACCAAUAAUAACAUAUCCGCCACCUCUCAUCACGACAGUAUCAAUAGUGAACUCAAUCUAUCGACGGCCAACAACCUCAUCGACAUUUUUCAAAAAGCAGCCGCCAAUAAUUUACUAUCAUCUUCCGACAAUGCCCCACUCAUUUCUAACCCCCUUUCCAUUUUUCAGUUGCAGCAACUUCAGUUAGUUCAGCAGCAGCAACAACAACAAAUAAAUUACAAUAAUAACUCUAAUGCUCUGCUGGGAGCUGUUCCGCCUUUAUUCAUAACCAACCAAGCCCAACAACUUCUUCAUCAACAACAGCAAAGCCAGCUGCUCAAUCAUCAAACCCAAAAAUUGGUGGCAUCCUCCUUGCUAACUGCUCAGGACAUUCAAAACGCCACCAAUUUUUUACUUAAUUCUGGCAACACCAAUCUUGCUAAUUCCAGCAAUCACAAUAACAUCAAUAAUCCGCACCAAACUAGGGCCAGUCUUGACAUGAGCAAUACCACUACAUUGAACUUUAAACAUCUCGAAUCACCUCUCAACGUUUUGCAUGCAGCCAAAAAUAUAAAGAGAGAGAAUCUGGAACUCACAGAGGAAGGUGAGGAAGAACCGGAUCUCCCUUCCUCUUACUCUUCCGGAAACGCUAAUUAUCAACACGGCUCCCAUAUUCUUAGCCAGAAUAACGCUGACAAUUUCGGUACUUACGGGUCCUCAUCUAUUUACAAUAACUGCCCGUUCUGCAACAAGACGUUCAAAUUUAAAAGCAACCUGCAUACUCACAUUAAGGCAGUGCACAAGAAGAUUAAGCCACACGUUUGUGGGAUCUGUUCUAAAUCCUUUAGUCUUAAGCAAAACAUGAAGACCCACAUGAAAAACAUUCACCAAAAGCAUCCUCACACGAAUACCUCUUCCUCUACCCCCGGACAGGCCCUCAAGAUGGAACCUACUCUUUCACCUCAGAGAACUCGCUCGGCCGGCUCCCUCGAUUCUCCUUCAGCAAUUCUCGAAGAGGAGAAACAUCAGCAUAAUGAUCACCUAUCUCCCUCUAAUUUGGGUAACAACCCCCUUCAAUUUCAGCAGUCAUCCAGUAGUGGAGGUACAUUUUCCGCCCUUGAGGAUCAGUACCGCAACUUAUUACUCUCUGCCGCUGCUGCUCAAGUUGCCAUAUUUGGCGGAGGUAGUUCAAAUAAUACCGCCAACAACACACACAACAUACACGGCCUUAACACCUCUGGAAAUUUGUCGGAUCAUCUUAAUAAAAAAACGGCUCCUCCUUCUUUGAUAGAUGACAAAGCUCUUCUUUUCAACGACGUUGUUCUCAUGAUGAACAAUAACAGUACCCAACAGCAGCUGCAAAGUGAACACUCUCAAGAUCAUCGCCAUCCUCAUCACCUUUACGAUUUGCAGCAACAUUUUUCCGACAACGAGCCGCCGAUCGCAAAGAGACGAAAUAAACCGGGCCGCAAGCCUAAGGCAUAUCACGCAGCGCUGUCAAGAGCCUCUGAGCCAUCCCCUCACUUUGCUCCUUUUGACAACCCGUCUCUUUAUAAUAACGCCGUUGAUAUCAAUCAAGACUCCCAUAACGAAGAUCGCGACAGUCUCGAUACGAAAAGCAAUAUAUUGGAAGAGUGUGGUCUCGAAACACCCCGUCCCGUGGGUGCCCCCCGCCGUAACCCUACGGAUGGGAAAGACUUGAUACGCUGCUCCAAAUGUUCUAAAACCUUCACGCUCAAAGGCAACUAUAAUGUACACAUGAGGAUCGUUCACGAAAAGCUUCGCGAGUUUGAAUGCCCCUUUUGUGGUAAACGCUUUGGACUGAAGGCCAACAUGUAUAUGCACGUAGCCAAUGUGCACAAAAACCGAAGCCUUAAUCUCGUCGACUCCUCGCUUGAAAAUUGUGGCGGGAGCGAUACCGAUAAUAAACAUGCUAGUAUUUUCGCUAAUAGUAAUAAUAAUAAUACCAGUCUCCCAGGGCACCCACAUCCCGCCAACAAAAGGGGCCGACCACCACGGCGCAGUGUUCCUGACAAUUAUUCCGCUCCCGAUAACAUCGCUAACAAUAUUGACACUGGUCGACUAGUGAAUCAGGGCGAUGAAGAUGUGAGGAUACGUGAUACACAAUUCAGUAAUCCUAAUAUCGUCAAAGGCCCUUCGUUCGAUAUUAGGUUCAACGGCAAUAACCAGGGAAGUCUAACCCACCACUUCAACGGCAAUAAUCCUUCCAACCAAAAUUCCUCAAAUAAUAAUAUUCCGAAUCCUUCUAAUCACUUUAACAACGUAGGCUCGGGGUCUAAUCCAGUGCUCGGCAACCUGGAAGAAGAGGUGUUGGGUGGCCCCGGCCUAGUAGAUCGAGCAACUGCUGCUGCCGUCUACCUUCAAUACCUUCAACAUCAGCAACAACAACACAAUCAAUACCAACAGCAACAGAAUCAACAAAAUCAGACUCAACCACCACCUAUCCACCAUUUGUCCUCUUAUCCUUCUUCUUCUCUGCCCCUCUCCCAGCCACUCCAAAUGAAUCCGAACAGCAAUAAUUCUCUUCAAAUGGGAGGAGGCCAUCACCCUCACCCCCCAUUAGUUUCUCAGCCACAUCACCACCAUCAAGGCGGACAGCAACAACAAAACGUGCAUCAUUUGUAUCCACAUCACGCCCCUCUUCACCACUCCUCCAUCCCCGGCCCUCAAACCUCGACCCCUCACCAUCAUUUACUCAAUCACUACGGCAUGGGCGUGGCUCCGCAACGACAAAUGACGUCGGAAUAGUUAAUAUCGCUAAACGCGCGGAUUGUUUAAAAAGUGUCCAGAUUUCGUUACGCGAGUAACGAGUUUUUAUUUAUAGAAGAAUAGGAAUGCUAAUUUUUUUUUAAAAAAAAAAUCUCACCUACAAUUUUUUUUGUGUGUGUGUGUGUGUAAAUAGUUUUUUUUUAAAAAAAUUUUCUGUGACUUUGUAUCAAUAUAUAUAUUUUUUAAAAAAUAAAUAUUUUUUAUCGAAAUUAUUAGAGACCUUAGAAGAAAAAAGGUUUCAAAAUAAAUCAUUCUCAUUUUUACGUAUUUUUUUUUUUAAAAAAAAUUAAUAUUUGUUGAUCCACUAAAAAAAAUGUAUCGAAAAAUUACUUCUUUUUUUUUCCUUCUUCGUAAAAUGUUAUUUAUAUUUAAAAAUGUUAAGAAAACAAAAAUUAUUGAACAAAACGAAAUCACGAGCUUAGCCAAAAUUUAAGUUUUAUAAACCACUUUAAAUUAUUAUUAAUAAAAUAUUCGAAACAUUUAUUUUACUUUCUUUUUUCUCUUCACCUCCUUAUAAAUUAUCCUUUAUAAUUAAGCUGGAAUUUUAAAAUUUUUUUUAUAUAACGUUAGCAUUCCUCAGUUGUCACCUUUUCAACUCUAAGAAUCUGUCGGUCGAAUUUUUUUUGGAAAUCCCUACUCUUAAGCUCAAUUUUGCUUUCAGAACCGUAAAAUAUUUUAUAUCUCUAAGCUAGUGUUGUUAAACGGCUGAUUUGAGACGAUUUUUUAAAAACGGCUAAUUCAAUAUUUUAUCCAAAAAAAUAUUGCCUUAAGCCUCGAGAUUUCGCCAAUAGAUGUCCAAACUUCAGCCCCACCUAUGAACCAAAUAUUAAGGCUUGCGUAAUAUUUUUCUAGGUAAAAUAUUGAGUUAAUCGGUUUUCGGCUCAAACCGAUACGUUUAACAACACUAUCCCCUAACAAACCAACACGCUAAAAUUUUUAAUUUUUUUUUAACUAAAAAAGACUUAAUUAUUUCGUUUUUUUAAAAAAAAUAUUUAGAUGAAUAUCAUUUUGUGAAUAAUUUUUUAUAAUUAUUUUUUUUUAAAAAAAUAUUAUAAAUUAUUAUUAAAAUAUAUAUAUAUAAUAUAAUUAUAUUUAAUAAAUUAUUAUAGAAAUUUCGAAUUUUUUU